AUGGUAGAUCCCGCUAAGAUUGAGGCCAUUCGUGAUUGGGCCAGGCCCACCUCUGUGACUGAGAUUCGUAGCUUCGUCGGAUUGGAAGGCUACUAUAGGCGUUUUGUUGAGGGAUUUUCUACUAUAGCAGCGCCUUUGACUCGGAUGACUCGCCAGGAUGUUCCGUUUGUGUGGUCGGAGGAAUGUGAGAGGAGCUUUCUGAGGCAUAAGGAGUUGCUUACCACCGCUCAUAUAUUGACUCUUCCAUCAUCUCUGCUGGAUCGGAUUCGCAGCCGUCAGUUUGAGGAUGAGGACUUAGUGGCACUUCGAGAUCGAGUUUUGGGAGGUGACACCAGCCUGGCUACCUUAGAUUUAGAUGGGGUUUUAAGAUUUGGUGAUCGACUUUGUGUUCCAAGAGGUGGGGGUUUGAUUCAUAUGAUUCUUACCGAGGCCCAUGAGUCCAAAUAUUCUAUUCAUCCUAGCACUGCUAAGAUGUAUCGGGACUUGAGACAGCACUACUGGUGGAGCGGAAUGAGGAGAGAUAUUGCGGAAUAUGUAUCGCGUUGUUUGAGUUGUCAGCAGGUUAAGGCCGAGCAUUUGAGGCCUGGUGGCGAGCUUCAGAGAUUACCCAUUCCUGAGUGCAAAUGGGAGAGGAUCACCAUGGACUUCGUUGUAGGAUUACCCCGCACUUCCCAUGGUCUUGAUAACCGGGGACCACAGUUCACAUCUAGCUUCUGGAGGACCUUCCAGGAUGAGUUGGGUACCCGUGUUAACCUUAGUACAGCUUUCCACCCGCAGACUGAUGGUCAGUCGGAGCGCACUAUUCAGGUUCUUGAGGACAUGUUGCGGGCUUGUGUUAUGGAUUUUGGGGGUCAGUGGGACCAGUAUUUGCCUUUGACAGAGUUUGCGUACAACAACAGCUACCACUCGAGUAUUCAGAUGGCUCCAUUCGAGGCCUUAUAUGAUCUCAGGCCGCACGGUACACACUUGAUGCGAGUGGCUUUAGAUCAUGCGAGGGUUAUUCAAGAUAGGCUCAGGACAGCCCAGAGUAGAGAUCAGAGUUAUGCAGACCGUAGGCGUCGGUGGUUGAAAUUUUCUGUUGGUGAUAGAAUGUUGCGCCGGUAUGUUCCAGAUGAGUCCCAUGUGAUUCAGUAUGAUGCAGUUGACUUGGAUGACAGUUUGAGAUACAUUGAGGAGCCAGUUGCUAUUUUGGCCAGAGAUGUCAGACGGUUGCGUUCCAGAGCCAUUCCUGUGAUUAGGGUCCAUUGGAGACAUCGUCCAGUUAAGGAGGCUACCUGGGAGACCGAGCAUGAGAUGCGGGGGCAGUUCCACGGCUUAUUUGAGCCUUCAGCUAGGUUAGCUUCGGAAUAUCAAUUUUUGUCUAGAACGACCCUUUGUUCACUUCCCGAGAUUUUAGAUAGCAGUUGUGGAAUCUGGCUCAAACGAUACUGGGUGUGGGACCCACUUUUCAUCGAAGAUAUCUCCAAAUGGAAAUUCCGCCUUCACCGUUGA